AUGGCGCACCCCUUCCACAAGCGCUUGCUCAAGGAGUACCGCGACCUCAGCACCGCGCCUCCCCCCGGGAUCACCCUCGUCGAACACGACGACAGCCUCGAGCGGUUUGUGCUCCGGGUGCUGGUCCCCGACAACCCUCUCUACCCCAGCCACCACGCCUACCACUUGCUCUUCCGGAUCACGCCGGAGUACCCCGUCGACCUGCCUCAAGUGACUUUCAUCGUCUACCAACAGCUCGACGACGACGACGACGACACUACCACUGAGACAGAGGCACGGGUCCCGGUGCACCCACACGUCUACCUGAACGGCCACAUCUGCCUCAACUUGCUUGGCGACGACUGGACCCCCGCGUGUCUGCUCGUGCUGACGGCGGUGCUGAUCCAGCUGAUGCUAGCGUCGAAUCACCUCCGCGAGCGCCCCAGCGACGACGACACCUACUGCCGCCACGCCCCGCACAACCCCAAGCUGACGCUGUGGGCCUACCACGACGAUACCGUAUAA